AAAACGAAAAGAUUGUGCUGUUUCUGUUGAACCAUUUUUGAAUUUAUAGUAGAGUUGAACUUAUUGGAGGAGAAGAAAAUUCAAUAGAAUCAUGGGAUCAUCUGGGUUUUUUCUUAUAUGUAUUCCCCAUUCUUUGAUAGCUCUGACUUGCGGAGCUUUAAUGAUGUUUUACUCCAAUGAGGUCUCUGUGUUUGGCCAUGGCUCUGAGAUUGCACGUAAGCUUCAAGGAUCCACGCCCCAGGAUCAGUUAUUGAUUCGGACCUCAGAUUCCUUCUCGGGCUUGCUUUUAUUUACCAUUGGGUUGCUUCUGUUCAUGGUGUCUUUUGUUAAGGACAGGGAAUUCCAGAGCUUCUUUGCUAAGGGGUGUGUGCUUCUUCACAUUUCCAUGGCCGUUUGGAGAGUGUACUUUGAGAGGAAGCUCGAGGAUCUCGCUCGUGAUUGGCCGAGGCAGGUUGUUGGGGAUAUUGCACUGGCGCUUUCUUGGGUGUUUUUUCUCAUGUACUCAUGGAGAGAGAAGUAUGAUUAGUUUUGCAAAAACUCUGUUGAGUUGCAAUUACCUUGUUGAAUGGAGCUGUGACUUGCUUGUUGCUUCCUCUGCUGCUUGAUUCUUUCUGCAUUAAGGGACAUAUUUGA